GAAAUGCAAGCAAUUGAUCUCAGGGCCAAAGGCAAAGUAGCGACUUGACGUUAUUUCUCAAAUCAAUCUCGACCGUCCGUUCGAUCCAUCGUUCGUCAGAUCCAAUGGCCCCAGUUCUGCCGGUGGAUAUCGUCCCCAGCGCCACCGCCGGAAAACUUCCGGCGGCGGACGAAGGCGGUCCUAAGAAAGCUUACGUCACUUUUCUGGCAGGCAGUGGGGAUUACGUCAAAGGAGUCGUCGGAUUGGCCAAAGGUCUGAGGAAGGUGAAGAGUUCUUACCCUCUCGUGGUGGCUAUUUUGCCCGACGUCCCCGAAGAACAUCGCGACAUCCUCCGCCGUCAGGGAUGCAUCGUCAAAGAAAUCGAACCGAUUUACCCGCCGGAGAAUCAGAUCCAGUUCGCCAUGGCUUAUUACGUCAUCAAUUACUCGAAGCUCCGGAUUUGGAAUUUUGAGGAGUACAGCAAGAUGGUGUAUCUGGACGCUGACAUACAGGUGUACGAGAACAUCGAUCAUCUCCUCGACACUCCCGACGGUUAUUUCUACGCGGUAAUGGAUUGCUUCUGCGAGAAGACAUGGAGCCAUUCGAAGCAGUAUUCGAUCGGGUACUGCCAGCAGUGUCCGGACAAGGUCAGGUGGCCGGCGGAGAUGGGGUCCCCGCCGCCGCUGUACUUCAAUGCCGGAAUGUUCGUCUUCGAACCGAGCAAGGAUACCUACGACAACCUCCUCGAAACCCUCCAGAUCACUCCCCCGACUCCAUUCGCCGAACAGGAUUUCUUGAACAUGUUCUUCAACCCAAUCUACAAACCCAUCCCUCUUAUCUACAACCUUGUCCUGGCCAUGCUGUGGCGCCACCCGGAGAACGUCGAGCUCGACAAAGUCGAAGUUGUUCACUACUGCGCUGCUGGGUCGAAGCCGUGGAGGUACACAGGGAAAGAAGAAAACAUGGAGAGGGAAGACAUCAAGAUGCUUGUCAAGAAAUGGUGGGAUGUUUACGACGACGCUUCCCUCGAUUACAAGCCCGAAAACGACGAGGCGGCCUUGUCGAGACCGUCCCUUUUGGCGUCGCUGCCGGAGCCGGCGGUGUCGUAUAUUCCGGCACCUUCUGCUGCUUGAAGUAUUUAUUACUGAUGAAGAAAUUAAUUAUAAAGGCUAAGGAUCAUCAUGGUAAUAAUAUAUGAUAUGAUGAUAUAUAUAUAUAUAUAUAUAGUGUUUUGGUGUGGGACUGAAGAUUAAUGAUAAGAAGCCAUAAGUUUGGUUGUGUUUGAUUUUAUAUAUCAACAUAAGUGCCAAGCAGUGAAGGAAUUAUGUAAUGUAAUGUAAUGUAAUCCUUCUCUUCAUCUAUUUAUAUUAUUAUUAUUAUUAUAUAUAAUGAAGAUUAUGGUA